AUGGGAGAACCUUUCUGGUACAGUUCAGCUAUGGUCAUCAUCUUCACCUUCCUUGUCAAGCUCUCCAUAUCCAAGAUUACACAAAAACACAAGAAGAACCUACCCCCAAGCCCACCAUCUCUUCCCAUUAUUGGCCAUAUCCAUCUUCUAAAACAACCAAUGCACCGAACCCUCCAAGAUCUUUCUCAAAACUUGGGCAAAAUUCUCCGUUGUGGUUCACGCAAAGUCCUGUUGGUCUCUUCGGCUUUGGCGGCAGAAGAGUGUUUGACGAAGCAUGACAUCAUCUUCGCCAAUCGGCCACGGUUUCUUGCCAGAAAACAAUUCCACUACAACUACACAACAGUUUCUCUAGCCCCCUAUGGCGACCUCUGGCGCAACCUCCGCCGUAUUAUGACUCUUGAGAUCUUCUCCUCCUCUCGCCUUGCCUUGUUCUCAAUUGUCAGACAAGGAGAAGUUGGUUUAUUACUGGAUGAGAUAAUGAAGAGUUGUACUUCAAGGGUUGAGCUCAAGUCCAAGUUUGCCGAUCUUUCCUUUAAUGUGAUGACGAUGAUGGUUGUGGGAAAGCGGUGCCAUGGUGAAAAUGUUGCAGAUGUUGAAGAGGCAAAGAAUUUUCAUAACGUUUUUAAGGCCUUCGUGGACUUGUCCGGGGCAGGAACUGCGGCAGACUUUUUGCCAAUUUUACGGUGGGUGGAUAUAUCAGGCUUGGAAAAGAAGAUGGUGAGGUUAAUGGCAAAAAUGGACAAGUUCUUGCAAGGUUUGGUUGACGGGCGCCAUGAAAUUCUAUCUGCUUCAAAUGGUGAACAUGUCAAAAAGUUGAUGAUUGACAACUUAUUGUCGAUGCAAGCAAAAGAGCCUGAGUUGUACACAGAUAUUAUAAUCAAAGGAAUCAUUUUGGUGUUGCUAGUUGCUGGGACUGACACAACAUCAACAAAUCUAGAAGGGGCAAUGGUUCUGUUCCUAAACCAUCCAGAGGCAAUGGAGAAAGCGAUAUUCUAA